AAUGCCCAUGGCGCCAAAGAGCAGCUCAAGCUUUUGAAGGCUUAUCUUUGCAUACCAGAUCGCAUCGAGGAGCAGUACUCCGUGAUGGCAGGGUCCUGCCAAUGGAUCGAGGCACGAGCUGAUUUCCAGGCCUGGCGGAAUAUUAGCGACGAGUCUGACUUCGACGAUGUCGGGGAGAACAUACCUCACGUAUACUGGGUGAACGCAAACCCUGGAACCGGCAAAAAGUUUCUGGCCGCGCAUGCUGGAAAUUUGCUUCGAGACAGCCACUCCAACUGUGCAUCAUACUUUUUUCACUUCGGCGAGAAGGCCUCGCUCUCCUUGAGCAGCUCAACAAGACUACCUCCCCCACCAAGUAGACAUCACGCUAUCCCCUGCGUUUGUCCAGUUGGGGUGCAUGGCAUGGCUUGCCGGCCCUUUCUCGAGCAUCGACAUGCUCGCCGACGGCACCGGAGCAUCUCAUCCAUGGCUCCUGGCAGGAAUGGUGUCAUUAUCCGAGCUGCCGGUAUACGGCGGCAUGGGUGCAGGGUACUCAGUGGGUACCUGAGGCCCGCCCAGCCACGACUGCAUAAAUCGCAAUCGUGCAUAAAACCCCUCGCUUACGCCCCAGCAGCUUAACGGCCUGUCAAAGUAACGUUCCAGUCGGUAACGGAAGCCCAACUUAAACUAUUCAAUAACUGAUAACAAAUCCCUGCGGUCGCUCGUGCAAAUCGCAAUCUCGCCCACUCCCGGAUAUUACUCUAACGGCAGACUUCAUGAAUGCUCGCUUUCUUUGUGCACUUUUUAUGCGGGCAUGAAUUGUUCGGAUGUUUGCUAAACACAAUUAGCCCUACCUCAAAGAGAGGCCGAAGAGAAAGCUUGAUCGAGAUAGUGCUAAUAGUGGGCCA